AGAGCCGCCUGCUCUCCCGUGGCAGCAGCGCGGAGUCCGGCACGCGCACAGUUACAGUCCCAAUGAAAAUACGAUCCGUCUAUUUUCUACAGAUCCGGAUCGGACUUAUUGAUUGUGGGCUGCUGUGUUUGAAUGGCCGGAGUUGGUCGCAGCGGUGCGGGAUCACAGUGACAUAGUCUCUCCUCCUGGUCCUCCUGCUCCUCCUCCUCCUCCUCCUGCACCAACAUUACUCCGUCUCUCCCUGAGAAGGUGAGGCGGCCUGUUAUCAUAACACCUCCGCCGCUAUGAGCCAAAUAACGGGAAAGGCGAAGGAUGAAACUUACGAGCUGCAGAACACGGCGGAUUUACACACUGAAGCGUACAUUGGAGGGAGUUUGGGAUGAAAACAAUGGAAAUGGUGUCAGUUCUUCGUCUGAGAGAGGGACACUGCCUGGAAAUACAGAAACAGACAAGCUGCAAUCGCACAAAGACACCGUCUUCUUCAGGGACGGCAGUCGAAGGAUAGACUUCGUGUUGUCGUACGUGGACGACAAAGAUGGAGAAAAGAAACAAGAAAGGAGGAGGGAGUUCGAGGCCAACUUGGAGAAAGCGGGUCUGGAGCUGGAGACGGAGGACAAAUCAAACUCCAAAGAUCAGAAGACGUAUUUCCUGAAGAUCCACGCUCCGUGGGACGUACUGGUGACCUACGCCGACGUCUUAAAGAUUAAAGUUCCCUUCAAGAAGAGCGACAUCCCCCACAGUCAGGACGCCCCGCUGCAGUGGCUCUCGCGUCCUUUCCGUCUGCCAGAUGACAUAAUGCGUCCCCAAACUGACUAUUUCACGUAUCCCUUCGACAAGCGCAAGACUGACUUCUUCCUCAUGAGGGACAAAGAUUCCUUCUUUCCACCGUCCACAAGGAACAGGAUCGUGUUGUACAUCCUGGCCCGCUGUCCGUACCAAGCAGAAGGACGGAAAGACAGCGACAAGACGGGAAUCAAGCGACUACUCAGCAACGGGACCUACACGGCGGCCUUCCCUCUUCAUGAUUGUCAGUACUGGGAAGAAGCACAAAACCCUAAAUGUGAGCGCGAGCGCUUCAGCUUGUACAACCACUGGGCCAGAUUCCUCUGCUUCUACAAAGAGCAGCCUCUGAACCUCAUCAGGAAAUACUACGGAGAGAAGAUCGGGAUCUACUUCGCCUGGCUGGGCUUCUACACGGAGAUGCUGUUCUUCGCCGCCGUCAUGGGCGUCAUCUGUUUCACAUACGGCGUGCUCAGUUAUGACGACAACAUAUCCAGCAAAGAAAUAUGCGACGCUGCUAUCGGAGGCAGCAUCGUGAUGUGUCCGCUCUGUGAUAAAAAAUGUCCUUUCUGGAAGCUCAACUCCACGUGUCUCUCGUCCUGGCAAUCCCAUCUGUUUGAUAACGAGGGAACGGUGUUCUUUGCCAUAUUUAUGGGGAUUUGGGUGACUCUGUUUCUGGAGUUCUGGAAGCGGCGUCAGGCCCGGCUGGAGUACGAGUGGGACUUGGUGGAUUUCGAAGAGGCGCAGCAGCAGCUUCAGAUCCGGCCCGAGUUCGAGAUCAGAUGCACGACCAAGAGACUAAACAAGAUCACUCAGGAAAUGGAGCCCUAUCUUCCCAUCACCAGCAAGUGUGCUCGCUUCUGCCUUUCUGGAGCCACUGUUGUAUUCUGGAUCUCUCUGAUUGUGGCCUGUAUCAUCGGGGUCAUUGCGUAUAGACUGGCUGUAUACGCUGCCUUUGCUAGUAUCAUCAAAGACCCCUUGAAGGACAUCCAGGUGGUGGGCAGGUUUAUCACUCCACAGCUGGCCACGUCUGUCACGGCUUCCUGUAUCAACUUCGUCAUCAUCAUGAUCCUCAACUUCUUUUAUGAGAGGGUGGCCAUUUGGAUCACUGAUAUGGAAAUCCCAAAGACACACCUGGAGUAUGAGAACAGGUUGACCAUGAAGAUGUUUCUCUUCCAGUUUGUCAACUACUAUUCCUCGUGCUUCUACGUGGCCUUCUUUAAAGGAAAGUUUGUGGGUUACCCUGGCGACUACAAGUACAUGUUUGGCAAGUGGAGCAAACUGAGAAAUGAGGAGUGCGACCCUGGAGGCUGCCUGAUCGAGCUGACCACACAGCUGGUGAUCGUCAUGGCAGGAAAACAGCUAUGGGGAAACAUCCAGGAAGCUCUGCUGCCGUUGAUUCGCAACUGGUGGAGAAGCCGAAAGGGGCGGCACCAUCCGGAAAACCAAUACAGCCGCUGGGAGCAGGACCACGUCCUGCAGAACUUCAGCCAACUGGGCUUGUUCUACGAGUAUCUGGAGAUGGUCAUCCAGUUUGGCUUCAUCACGCUGUUCGUCGCCUCUUUCCCCUUGGCUCCCCUCCUGGCUCUGGCCAACAACAUCCUGGAGAUCAGGGUUGACUCCUGGAAGUUCACCACCCAGUUCAGACGACCGGUAGCCUCCAAGGCUCGGAACAUCGGCGCGUGGCAGGAGAUCCUUAACGCGGUGGCUAUUUUGUCCGUUGUGACCAAUGCAUUCAUCAUGGCCUUCACCUCAGACAUGAUUCCCCGCAUGGUUUACCUGUACGCCUACAACCAGGGCUCCAUGACGGGCUACGUCAACCACAGCCUGUCCAUAUACAACAUCUCACAAAUACCCGCGCGCAACAUGCCGGAGGACAAUUUGAACUUGUUCUACAACUCAACCACCACCUGCAGAUACCGUGACUACCGUUACCCUCCAGGACAUGAGCGGGAGUACACUCACACCAUGCAGUUCUGGCACAUCCUGGCAGCCAAAAUGGCCUUCAUUAUUAUCAUGGAACACGUGGUCUUUGUGGUGAAGUUCUUUGUCGCGUGGCUGAUCCCCGACAUCCCGUCAGAUGUGACGGCGCGGAUCAAGCGAGAGCGCUACCUGAUCCAAGAGGACCUACACAAAUACGAGGUGGAGCGGCUCAAAAUCCAGCUGAGCGCCAGCUUCGUUACGGAGCCGCCGUCGUCGGAGGCGUCCUUGUUGAUGGAAAAUCACGAGGUGUAGUGUCUGUAGCAACGCUCCUUCAACUAACACACCCGAGAACGGACACGUCUGGGAGUUUAAUACACUGUUUAAAAAAACAACAACCCCAAAAGGCUAAAAAAAAGGCUAUCAACUGUGUAUAAAUGGGCAGUCUUCUAAUUUGGAAAGUGAAGCCCGGGAGAUUUUUAAUUCUCAGGUGAGGACUCAGUGAUGAGUGAAGUUGAAAGAUUUUAUUGUAGACUGCUCAGACCCGAGGAGACAAUGCCUAACAUCUGAUUCUGAUGCAUAGCGUUAGUAAAGCCUUGAGAUCAGUGGAUCAGGUCCAGAUGCCUGGCGCCUUUGUAUCUAGGGAGGGAACCUUGAAAGUUAUGGCCGUUAAUAUUGAACACCAGCUCUGGUUUGGCUGAAGAUGGAAGUAGCAGUUCACCACCAGGGGGCAACGUAGCUCAGUGUGAAUGGACUUCUAAUUCCCACCUGAUUCAUAACUUCUUCCCAAGGAGUUAACGGUCUAUUUCAGGUCUUGUUCAAGAGAACAUGAUGUCAAUUGGUUUUUUUUUAUUCUGCUAAAUUCCAUUCAGAGUUAAAUAGAUGUUACAGUUUUCCAAAAACCUUUGUGAUUUUACAACAGGAAGUUUGUUUGUCAAAGGAAUUUUGUCCAUUUUCCUAUACAGUCUAUGACUUUUAAGAGGCAUCAGAAAAACCAAACCCAAAGCGGCGUCUCAAAGUGCUCACAUACUUUAAACAGCUUUCGAAAAGUGACUGUUUUUUUGUGCCAUAAAAAGUGUUAGAAAGUCCAAAGAAGCGAAGGAAGUGCAGUUUUCUUUUGUCAUUCACCGUGUAAUCCGGCGACUCGCUCCAUUUGUCGUGACUGAAAUGUGCUGCUGGAGCUUGAGUUUGAUGUAAUGGCAUUAAACGUGUGAAGUAAGGUGUUAUUUACCUUUCAAGAGCAGGCGAUGAUAUUAUAACUGUUUUGCAUGUGAUUCGUCUACUGCGAGUACAAGACGAAAGGACUGGACUGUUUAGACGCGUAAAACGCUCCAUGUGUCUGUCGUGAAAUUGUUUUAACGCAUACUAGCUGUGGUUGGAAGUUCAUAUCCUUAAAUUAUGAAUGUAAAAAACACUCAAAAUGUACAAAAUGUUGAAAUAUAUCAGAUAUUAAAAAAAGUCAUCUACGUCUAUAUCAGAUAUUUAAAUAACUAGUUCCUAUGUUUCCUUCUAAAUCACUUUUCAUUUUGGUAGCUACAUUACUUAUACCUAUAGCUGGGCUAUAUGAUAUUUUUUAAGCGUAUUGUUCUUAAAAACUGUGCAUUUGAAAACCAAGUACCUCCAUGAUACUGCAGCAGAAGCCACGGGCUCAUUAUCGUGUGAUCUUCCAUAUGAAUUUCCAACUCACACGGGGACCAAUUCUAAGACUUUAGGACUUCAGAUUACAGCAGAUUACCUGAAGAACACGAUGUCGGGAUAGAUUUUCUGAUUCAUUAAGAGUUCAAUCCGGACUACACAAUCAUAAACUGUGUUGCACUUGGAUAACGAUGGCCAAUAUUGCUGUUUUAUACAUUUGUUUGGAGUCUACUUGAAUUCAGAUUAUCGUAAAAAAUGAGUUCUUAUGCCCUGAUUAAUUUAUAAGUGAAGAAAAAAACUUUAGUAACCUCUGAGCGUUCCUGUAGACAUAACAGAUAUUUAUUUAUUGGGUUGUAGUCGAGUCAUUUGUGUUUAAAAUUGAAAAAAAUAUUUUAUUAACAAUUCACACCUAAUGUUUUGUCUCAUUUAAAGACAUGUUGGUUCAGAGAGAUCUACAAGAGCGGUUUAUACCAUUAAUUACGACUUUGCCAAGGGACCAGACCCCUGUGGGUGAUGCAGGAUUUGAUGUCUUAUUACUUACAGUAUUAUUAUAUUUAUCAGACACUGUGUGGCUUUCCAAUCCGCUGAAGCAAAACAAGCAUUCUGUGUUUGUACCGUGAUUUUCUCUGUCGUUGAUCGCAGUUGCGAUGUCAGCCCUGAAGCCUGAUUUCCUCUGCUCUCAGGAUCAAAUGUCCUUUAAUAUUUGUGGAACAUCACUCCGUGCAUGGUGCUCCGUGUGCCGCGUUCUCCCCCAACAACAAAUGCCUUAAAUGUCUGUGUUUACUUGUUUUUGUAUGAGUUUUUUGUAACGACGGCAUUUUCCUGUCUCGACUCCAAACUUGUUUCAUAUCUACUGUCGUCGCUGCCGUUAGCCUCUGCAGAGUCGUGGUUGUUGUCCUCUGUCCCGUGUGAUGUGCAGGAAUGGUUCUGUAAAUAUUCUGACAGUAACUUAUUGUAGCCUGUUGUGCAGAAAUGCAGUAAAGAUAUUCACAAUAAAUGAAGAAACAACUAUCA